CACACAAAUUCUUGUUUGUAAGCGCUUUUCAAAUUUUUGUUCUUCAUGGGUUAUGGGUUCUUUUAACUGCUUCAGCCUUCACAGAAUAGGAGGAGCACACAGUGAAUAGAAGUGUGAAUAAUAAAAUAGGUCAGUUUAUAUAUUUUUCGCGUAAGAAUACUAGCCCCGGAAAAUGAAUGCCCUAAUGGCAGAAAUGGAAAAAAAAACCCACCUACCCGGUGGGUUUAGUCAAUGGGAGGAUUCUCCCAACCUCUCGGGAUAGUGACUUUGAGUCUAGCUCAGAUGAAGAGGAUGUGGAGGAGGCAAAUAGGCCUUACGAACAGGAAUUUGUAAAAGAGGAACUUGAGAGAUAUGCUGCUGAUCCUGUACAAUCUUGUUUUGUUGAUGAAGCAAGCUCUGUAGGUGACUUCUCAAUGGUAUCAACUGUAGCCACUGAUCAAACAAUCAACGUAGGGGAUGUAUACAAAAAGCAUAAUUUUUCCUUGAAUACAGAUGCCAGAAAAGAAUUACCAAUUGAUUCCUACAAAAGCCAAAUCUUAUCCAGGGUCGAACAGAACCAAGUUAUCGUAAUAGAGGGACCUACUGGAUGUGGUAAAACGACCCAAGUACCCCAAAUGAUUAUGGAUUUUCUCAGGGAAAAGAAUCAGUAUUGUAACAUUGUCGUGACGCAGCCUAGAAAAAUUGCUACGAUCAAUGUGGCAAAACGCGUUUGUGAGGAAAGGGGAUGGACUUUAGGGACGGUUUGCGGUUAUCAGGUUGGUUUAGAAAAAAAGGUUUCUCCAGAAGAAUUGAUAACUUACAUGACCAUCGGGGUGCUUCUGCAAAAACUAAUUAGAGCAAAAAACUUACGGCAAUACACCCAUAUAAUUAUCGAUGAAGUUCACGAGAGAAAUCAGGAGUUGGACUUUUUGCUCUUAAUUGUUCGCAAGUUUCUUUUCACCAAUUCGCCACAGACGAAAGUUAUUCUGAUGUCUGCCACAAUAAACGCAUCCGAUUUCGCGUUUUACUUCAGAAAACGGAUCGCGCAACAAAGCAUCCCCGCUCAUAUUGUGACAGUGACCAAACCCAGCCUAUACACUACGAAACUGUAUUAUCUUGAUCAAAUGGCACCAAUUAAACCAGAGAACAUACAAUUCGACCUCUCCAACCCGGAAAUCUCACAAGAAAUCUGGGGUACAUUCGCCUUUCUAGUUAACGUUUUCGAUAAAUUAACAACCGAUGUGGAACUGAACUCCGAUAGCGUUUUGGUAUUUUUGCCCGGCAUAAAUGAGAUCGAGGAGGCGCAUAAAAUAUUGAAAAAAGAAGAGGAAGUAAACAAGGACAAAAAACGGCUCAAAUGGGAAAUAAUCCCAUUGCAUUCGUCGUUACCCAAUGACGAACAAGCGUUGGCUUUCAGGCCCGCCAAGCCGGGAUAUAAGAAGAUUAUUUUAUCUACGAAUAUUGCCGAGAGUUCCGUCACGGUACCGGAUAUUGGUUUUGUGAUUGAUUUCUGUUUAACAAAAGUGAUGACGGUGGAUCCGAUAACGAAAUUCAUGAGCUUAAAGUUAGAAUGGGCUUCUCGAGUCAAUUGCGAGCAAAGGGCCGGAAGAGUGGGAAGAACCUGUAAUGGUAGAGUUUAUAGGCUCGUCACUGAAUCCUUUUAUAAUUAUGAAAUGCAAAAAACGAGCGUACCCGAAAUACUACGAGCUCCUCUGGCCCACGUCGUACUACAUACGAAAAUGUUGGAGCUGACCGAAUCGCCCUCCCAAAUCUUGGCUUUAGCCAUGGACCCGCCAAAUUUAAAAAAUAUUCAAAGCACCAUUUGGGAACUUAAGGAGAUUGGCGGUAUGUUAAAUACUUGCCGAGGCAUUCCGUGUAGUUCCGAUGGAGAUCUGACCUUCUUGGGUCAAGUUAUGGCCACUCUACCGUUGGACGUGCGUUUAUCGAAGCUUAUCGUUUUAGGGCAGCUGUUUAGCUGUUUGGAGGAAACAAUUAUUAUCGCCGCGGGAUGUUCCAUACAAAAUAUAUUUUCCAUUCCGUUCCAAAAGAGGCUGGACGCUUAUAAAAAGUUGUUGCUUUGGGCGGACGGGUCUAGUAGCGAUCCGAUUGCUCUAUUGAAUUUAUAUGGGGUUUGGAAAAAUCUAAUCCGAGAAAACUCCUUCCAAAGCCACCGUGAGGAGUUACAGUGGUGCCAAAGGAACCUGGUGAGCUUAAAAGGUUUGCGCGAGUGGAACUUGUUGAUUACAGAAAUAAAGGAGAGAUUAAACCGGCUGCAGCUGAAAGAAACCUCGGGUCCUGGCAAGGUUGAGCUUUCUAUUGUUGAAAAACCCACCGUUUUAAAGGUGGUUAUGGCGGGCGCUUUUUACCCAAACUACUUUAUAAAAUCGUCGGAAGGAAACCCAAAUGCGGAAAGGGAAGCGGUGAAAGUAGUUGGGAGCAGAGAUCCCUUUUGUACUGUUUAUUUUACAGGACUGGAUCCACAGCAACCGGGCAAAAUUUACGUUAGACAAAUCAAGAAUAUGAUUACGGAUAAGGGAGAAAGUUGCUCGGAUGUUAAUAUAGGAUUCGACGGAAGCACAAAAAUCUAUAUAGAAUUCAAAAACCCUAUAAAGGAAGGCAUUCCUGUAAAUAUCGACGGAUCGAGGAGACUGAUGAGCUGUCCGGGCAAAGUGCCACGCCAAGUCUACGAAAUGCUUAGAAAAAGACAAUUAAAAUACAACUUUGAGUUGAAAUGUUUACCAGUCGCCAAAGCAUGGGAAUUUGCCGAAUCCAGGGGCUCAAGGGGCAAUCGCAAUACCGUUACGGAGAGAAACUGCUUUUCUAGUAUUAACUAUUGUCCCAUUCCCGCCAUGAGUAUCCAGUAUUCUGAAAUAAUAAUUUCUUGCCACAUUGACGCCGGUCAUUUCUGGGCCCAAAACCCGGACGAGAAGACCAACGAACUGCUGCAGCAAAUAGAGGAAGCCCUCAAUGGACAGGAAUUGAUUAAAGUCGACGAGGAGCUAAAAAUCGGUAAAAUUUACGCGGCGAGGUAUAAAGAUGAUGGGCGGUUUUAUCGGUGCAGAGUUACCGCGACCGCUGGCCGAAUAAACCAGAUAAUUUUUAUCGAUUACGGAAAUCUACAAGAAGUAACGCGAGACGAACUGUACUACAUCCCUCAAAGACCGCAAUGCUACACGGUUCCGCUCGCUUUUGAAUGCGUCAUGUACGGAAUUAAACCGGCUUAUAGACAUAACCCGUUAGGGAUAUGGCCAGAAAAUAUUAACAGGCUGUUUAAACAAUGGACUGACAACGUUGUUUUAUAUAUUGAGAUAUAUUCGGUGGUAAAUGAGGUGGUAGAACUGGAGUUGUACAGAUCGGUGCAAAAAGAUCGCUCGAUCAACAGAUACUUGUUGGAUCAGGGAUAUGCUGAUCCUUGUUCUCCUAGUUUUUUGUCCAAGCAAAACCACGACUUGCGCCUUCAAAUACAACAGUCAAACAAUCCGCCGGAAGAGGAGAUGCUCAUGACCGUCGACCAGAUCGUCAGUUACACGGACUUCGAUUCGCCGGAUAUAUCCGGACGCGAUUGUAUCCGGGUGCCGUUACGAGGACCGUUUAAUCCGUUGGAAACGAAACUUUUCGGGUGUACCAUCAGAGGAUGUCCCCCCAGUGUGGACAUCGAGGGAAAUUCCGUCAAUGCCGUUAUGUUGGAUACGGAGCCGGGCAGUUUACACUCUAGAUUAUUAGUAGCGGGCAACAUAAACCAAACCCCGGGUAACAAACUGAAACUGAGACAGACCACUUUGAUGCCAAACUUGCCUGGUUUUCCCAUGCUGAUGGCCGCCAUAUUCUCACCAGUGAUGGAACCGAAACUGACACCCGAUAAAUCCCUAGUGGCGGCCAUUUUGUGCGGUUUAGGUUACAACGAGUCGACUGGAAAACCUUUGUAUCCAGUGCACGAUAUGCUAAUAAAACUGGACACAGAACUGACCGUAGAAGAAAUUCAAAUGGUCAAUAGGCUCCGAUAUAUCAUGAACACCGGGAUCAAGCUGAUGUAUGACAUCGAGCAAAACAGGACUCCCGAACGGGAGUUUUUGAAUAUUCAGUACAAGAUCAAGGAUCAUUUGUUCCGUUUAAUUAACAUGGAAAGAGAUCCGAUAAUAAGGGAUAACAUUUAUCCGGAACACACCUCGUGGGGGCGCCACGGUGGCAUGGGUCUCUUGCAACCUAGUAUGGAGAAUGACCAACAGGACAUCUGGAAACUGCACUGGUUUAUUAAAGUGGUCAGGAUGUCCGCUUAUCAGAAACAGAUCACGAAGAAUUUAGAGGAUAUGCAGAAUUACACUUAUAAUGUGAAACCAUUCGAAGAAGUCACUUGUCAACUAUGCGACGUCGAGUGUCUUUUCAUAGACGAAUUGAGAUACCACUUGAUCUCUUCCGGUCACAAAAAACGUGUGGCUCUCUUUAACGAAAGUCUCGAACAGGACGAUUCCAGUUCCGAGGAAUAAAUAACAUAUUUUAUAUUUUGUAGAUUAGUGAAUUUAGGUUUAGAUUUUUUUUAUGUUUUUGAUUCGAGUUUAGAUUUAUUUUUAUAUGAUUGUAUCAAGGAUUUGUUAUUAUGUUUUUAUCAAAAGUAUGUUUCUUGAAUUAAUAAAACGUGUUAUGUUAA